AUGGCUACUGCGGCGUUUGUUGGUGCUGGCAGUUUGCCCACUGCGGGAGUCGGAGGCGCCCUGUACGAUGAGGCAUUCCAAGUUCCAACCUAUCCUGCUGCUCCAUUCAACCAGGUCACCUGGCGUCUCAUUGACACCUGGAACAACAUCAACGUCAAUUACAACACCAACCGAGGACUCGCAGCCGGCUUGGUUUGGGCUACCUUGGUCUAUCUGCUUGCCCUCACUCCAACUCGAAAGAGAACGACUCCGUUCCACACCUUCAUGCUCAUCGGCCUGGUCUUUAUGCUCAUCAAGUUGAUGAUCGAUAUCGUCUCGGCUCUCACUGCUGGUCUCCAGUCCUCCUCGGCCUACACCUUCCUCACCCUCGACUUCACUGACAGCAUCUGGACGAGUGACUUCAUAGCAACUUUCGCCACCAGCCAAGUUACAGGAUGGUUUGCCUUCAUCUUCGCUGCUGUCUGUCUCUGGCUCCAGGCGAAAGGGUUGAUGACGGGGAUCAAAACUCGCUACCCAAUUGUCUACAAAGUCAUGCUGAUCUACCUCAUCCUCACCUCCGUGGCCGGCCUGGGUGCUGCCAUGGCAUACAGCAUCCAACAGAUUCUUCAGCUUGGCCAGGACGGUGCUGAAAUUUACGAUUCUCUCAACCAAGCAUACAAUGCUCGCAUCGGAUACCUCGCCGCUUACACAAUCUGCAUUGGGAGCUUCAGCCUUGUCUCCAUGGCUUCAGUCGUCGAUAUCGUUUGGAAGCGUCCUUCUUCCAUCGUUGCGAGAAACAGCGCAUACGCAUCGGCAUUGAAUUUGAUCGGGUUGUUGUGUGUCCAGUCGUUCGUCAUUCCUUUCAUUUUCUGCAUUUUACAGAUCAUCCCUGUGCAGACUAGCAUGCUGCACCCCGAGAUCAUGCUCCUCCCGUCCGUCUACGUGAUGCUGCCUCUCGGCUCACUCUUCAUGACUGUCAAUUCCACCGUCGACGACGCAGAGGCACAGAAAGCUUCACCACUGCCGUCGAACACCAUGCCUUCAAAGCCUGCCUUUGCCGAUAGCCUUGCAACCUUGACCAACAGCACUACUUCUGCGGCCUCGCGACCCUCUUCAUAUAUGCUCGAGGCAGGACAUGGCAAGACGGAGACAGAUCGGGAGCUCAGCGCGAUCGAUUCCAUGGGCUCUGGUGCAGCUGCCGGGAAAGACACUGAUGUGGCAUUGAAGAACAAAGGUGUUGAGGGCAAGGAGGCACUCGUCUCUGAGAAAAUGGUGGUUUAG